AUUUUCACCGUGCUGCAUUCUGGGAAAUCCAGUUUAUUUCUGGUUUGGGAAAGAUGGCAGGCGUGCAGCCGCCUCCCCUCCGCAGCCUGGAUGAUUUUCUGAUGAGCUCGGCUCGUUUUGCGGUGCCAGAUGUGCGGGACCUGGACCGCUGGAACAACCGCAUGAUCAACAACCUUUUGUAUUAUCAAAGCAAUUACUUCCUGUCCGCGCUGAGCUUCCUGCUCCUUGUGGGGUAUUUCCAGCCCAUCCAAAUGUUUGUUGGGAUGACAGUGGUCACCACGUUGUUCCUGGGCUUCAUCUGGGCUGCAGAGAAUAAAGCUCCCAUCCGCCGUUUCCGUAGAAACCACCCAUUAUUGGCUGUACUCGCCAUUCUCUUGGCCAGUUACCUCUUCAUAUCGGUGUUGGGAGGAGUGGCUGUGUUCCUGUUUGGAAUAGCAAGCCCAGUACUGAUGGUUCUGGUCCAUGCGUCGAUGAGACUGCGGAACCUAAAGAACAAGCUGGAGAACAAACUGGAGAGCAUCGGCCUGAAGCGGACCCCCAUGGGGCUCCUGCUGGAGGCCCUGGGGCAGGAGCAGGAGGCCGGCUCCUAAAUGCCCAGGAGGGGUACAGGUUCACAUCAUCUUUAUUUUCUAAUCAGAAACCAGAAGAAAAUCGACCAAAUUGGACAAGUUUUAUAGUUUGACAAUUUUUGCACAUGUGGUUAUGGUUAUGGAGUAAGGGACUGAAGGUCCUUUUUAUUAUGGAACCUUUUGUAGUUUCAUCUGUUAUCCUACCCAGCUGGUCUAAACCGCCUUAUGUUAACAUUUACAGGACUUACCAUUGGAACAAAAAAUCAUUUUACAUGAAUACAUCAUGUUGUAACAAUGAAGGAGCAAACAGGCUAGCCCAGUGAUUUCCAACUUGUAACUUGAACUAGACCUCCAAACACCCUGAGUGUCCAUAACCGUUUCACACCACACUCACAUGCACCUACACACACGCACACAACAGCUAAGAACUCUAUGUAGAGCAGUGUCUGGCUGAUUAUUAAUGUAGGUUUAGAUAAUGAAGAAGAUUCCAGCAGAUCAGCUAAUGUGAUCACUGAUCAAUGACUUUCUUAAUCAUUGAUUAUUUUUUUUUAGAUAAAGACAUUUCCUCCUCCCAUCUGUGAUACUCUGUGCUGGAAGCAGGAAAUGAUGAUCCUGUGAUAAACCCUCAGUUAAGCAGCAUGUGUUGAAGCUCGUUGCAAAUAGAUUUGUGAAGACAGACUAACAGGACUGUUUCCUCUGCAGAGUGAAUGAUUUUAACUUUAACUUGACAUUUUCUAACCCAGUUCUGAUGGGUUUAAAUAUACAGUUUAUGUAAUCAGUUCAGGUGUUGCACCUUAAUUGAAAUUUUCAACAUUUUCCUUCAGUUCCACAACAACUGGCCGAAAGCUACUCUGUGUGUAGCCGCAGUGUUUGGUGCCUUUAAUCUUAUAUUUCAAUAACUGAGUUUUUAUUUAUUUUUUAUUGGUUUUCUUUAAAACAUAUUUUUCACAAUAGUGCCCUCCUUUGGGUGAUGGGGGAGCUGUGGGUUCUGCCC